GCCCUCGUCACCUCUCUUGACUCUUGAACUCCUCAGAAAACUUGGUACAAUCCAUCAGUGACGAAGGUCAGCUCCGGGAACCUCAGAACCGCCUCCUAUCCACAAUGAUGUCGUCCAGUGGUGGGUCGAAUCAGUGCUACGCCAGCUGUCCUGAAUCCACGGUGACAAUACAGCCACCACCAUUCGUCCUGACGAUCCCAGGACCCGCGCUCUAUUGCCCUGACCAGCUCUUUCAGAUUGAACAGCACAACCCAUGUGCGGGAGUCGGUGGUGGAUAUGGCAGUUUGGGAGGUGGUGGAGGAGGUUUUGGCGGUGGCCAUGCCCUGGGUGGUAGUGGAGGUUUAAGCAUUGGUGGCAGUUUGGGGAGUGGAGGAAGUUUAGGUGGUGGUCGUGGUAUGGGAAGCCUAGGUGGCAGUGGUGGAAGUUUAGGUGGCCUUGGCAGCGGCAGUUUGGGUCGUAGGGGUAGCGGAUUCGGGGGUGGUAGCAUGAGUGGGGGAGGCAUGAGCGGGGGUGGCAUGAGCGGGGGUGGCAUGAGCAGGGGUGGCAUGAGCAGGGGUAGUAUGAGUGGUGGAAUGAGUGGUGGUGGCAUGAGUGGUGGUGGCAUGAGUGGUGGUGGCAUGAGUGGUGGUGGCAGGAGUGGUGGUGGUGGCAUGAGUGGUGGCGGUAUGAGUGGUGGCAUGAGUGGUGGUGGCAUGAGUGGUGGUGGCAGGAGUGGUGGUGGUGGCAUGAGUGGUGGCGGUAUGAGUGGUGGCAUGAGUGGUGGUGGCAUGAGUGGUGGUGGCAGGAGUGGUGGUGGUGGCAUGAGUGGUGGCGGUAUGAGUGGUGGCAUGAGUGGUGGUGGCAUGAGUGGUGGUGGUGGCAUGAGUGGUGGCGGUAUGAGUGGUGGCAUGAGUGGUGGUGGCAUGAGCGGUGGUGGAAUGAGUGGUGGUAGCAUGAGUGGUGGUGGCAUGGGCACUGGUGGUGGCAGCAGAGGUGGAUCAGCCAGUGGUCUUGGUGGUAGUUCUGGUAGACGUGGAUCAGCUGGGUCAUCUGGCAGCUUAGGUGGUGGUGGUGGAUCAGCAGGAGGUAUGGGUGGAAGUAGAGGUAGACGUGGAUCAGCUGGAUCAGCAGGAUCAGGUGGCAGCUUAAGUGGUAGUGUGGGUGGUGGUCGAAUGAGCAGUGGUGCAUCAGCAGGAGGUAUGGGUGGCAGUUUUGGUGGAAGUGGAUCAGGAGGCUGUUUAGGUGGCAGUGGAUCUGGAGGACUGAGCCAUGGUGGCAGAAGAUACAGUGGAUCUUCAUCUGGUGGUGGAAGAUACACCAGCAGUGGAUUCGGGGGCAGACGAUUUGGUGGCAGCUUAUCUGGUGGCAGAAGAUACAGUAGCAGUGGAUUUGGAGGAGGAUAUGGUGGAGGAGGAUAUGGUGGCAGUGGAUAUGGUGGCAGUAGUUAUGGUAGCUGUGGAUAUGGUAGCAGUGGAUUUGGUGGCAGCAGAUAUGGUGGCAGCAGAUACGGUGGUUUCUCUGGUGGAGGCUACCCAAGCUUUGUCACCGAAAUGGCUCUGCUGCCAUAUGGCACCACAUACUACCAUUUUUGAACCCAGAAGAAAUAACCCCAGCAGCUGCUGGAGAAAGAAAGCUUGACCUUAUAGCAAUGGACUUCCUGAAAGUACUUGAACCUACUGAGUCCAGCAUGGUUGCUCAGUAUGACUACACUUGAGGUGCAUGCACACAUUUUCUGUUCCAUGGUAGAACAUGAGAAGAAAUAAACUCAAGUUCAUUUCCUCCAGUGUCGCUUCCCAACCUAUCCUGCUACUGACUUAAAAAAUACAUCUGCCAAUUGAGGACAUGGAUCCAUGCCCUUUCUCCUAACCUCAUGAGAGAAACAAAAGAUCUCAACUUAUACAUUUAAAUGCAGGUCAUAUAGGUACUUUGUGCUGUGAACGAAGUAAAUCUGAAAGAAUCAAACAAAGGCUGUGGUCACAGACACAGUUUGUGGUGCUAUAGUGACAUUACCUGAGAGAAAUAGAUGGGCCCCUCCAGAUGAGGACAUCUACCUCCCAUGGUGCAGUUGUCAGCAGCCCGUACUGUUCUGCAAUGGAAGUGGAAUAAAGAGAUACUGGGAAAGACUGAUAUGAACCGAUUGUUCGCAGUUCCCUCUGGGUUUUUGAACUCUCCAGCGAACUCUCCUGCAGUGAAAAGAACCUGAAAGGGGUAUCUGAACUUACAGAUCCAUUUCCGUCACUGUUUUUUUAAGUUGCUGCCCAUAUGCACAUAUGCAGAUGAGCUCCACUACACUUUGAACUGGUACCAUUUGAGGCGCCAUCAUACCGUGCCAAGUCACCAGUGUGACCGCAACCAAACUGAAGUAUUCAGAGAGCUCUGUUACCUUCUGGACAUUGAAAUAUUCAUGAGACAGAUGUAAGCUGAUGUAGAUCUCCUCAUUUGUUAUUGUUCAUCCUCCUGAAAUGUUCCAGAACUUCUUCCCUUGUCCUUCUCAUUAAAACUUCCUUUGC